GGGAUAUUUUCACUCAGACGAGGGGUAUCUCCAAAACUAGCAGUGCCCGCUGCAGCAAGUGCGUGUGCGUGUGCGUGUGGGUGUGUAUAUAUGUGUGGGACCGAGGCGGCAUAUUAAUAUUAUUACUGAGGGCUGUAUCACCGCAAGCUUUGCAUGGUCCACAACGCGGAGACUGUUCGACACCAGCCCAAAAUGUCAAGGCAUCACAGAACCCCUUCGAGAAAUGCAAACAACAUUAUCGAGGUCAAAAGCAAAUUUGACGCGGAGUUCCGAAGGUUUGCCCUGAAGCGUUCCAGCGUGGGAGGCUUCCAGGAAUUCUACCGGCUAAUUCAGUCGGUCCAUCAGAUUCCCAGCGUGGACUUGCUGAUGGGAUAUACAGACAUCCAUGGGGAUUUACUACCAAUCAACAACGACGACAACUACCACAAGGCCCUGUCCUCUGCUAACCCGCUGCUAAGGAUCAUCAUCCAGAAGAGAGCGGAAGCUGACACUGGGGUUUUCGCCACUAACUCCCUGCAGCGCAGGAAGAAGGGACUCCACGGGCUGCGGCCGGUGCACAAGUCCAAGCCGCACCUCCUGAUCGGACUCCCACAGGACUUCCGGCAGAUCUCCUCCAUCAUCGAUGUGGACAUCCUGCCCGAGACCCACCGGCGCGUACGUCUGCACAAGCACGGCUCGGACAAGCCCCUGGGCUUCUACAUCCGCGACGGCCUGAGCAUGCGGGUGACCCCCCAGGGUGUGGAGAAGGUGCCGGGGGUGUUCAUCUCGCGGCUGGUGCGCGGCGGGCUGGCGGAGAGCACGGGGCUGCUGGCAGUCAACGACGAGAUCUUGGAGGUGAACGGCAUCGAUGUGGUGAGCAAAUCCCUUGACCAGGUGACGGACAUGAUGGUGGCCAACAGCCACAACCUGAUCGUGACGGUCAAGCCGGCCAACCAGCGGAACAACGUGGUCCGGAGCAGCAAGGCCUUGGGCAGUUCAGGCUUCUCCAACAACAGCACCCCCAGCCCGGCCUCGCACUACAUCAGCAACUACAGCACGGCCGAGGGGGAGAGCGACGACGAGGGGGACCUGAUCAUAGAGAGCGACGGCCUGCCCCCCUACCGGCCCGCCGGCUUCGUCAACGGGGACCAUCCGGGGCUGCUGCGCAGCUUCCAGCAGAGCACCUCCCUGCACAGCUCGCUGUCUGACAGCAAGGCCUCGCUCAGCUCCACGAACACUCACAACGGCAGCCCCGGCAAGAUCAACACGAGCCAGGAGAGCAUGCGGGAGGACGGCAACGUCAUCACGCUAUAACACUGGCGGACGCAGCCUUUCUUUCUUUUAUUCUUUCUUUGCUUCUUCCUUCCGUCGCCACCUCCUCCGCAGCCCGGGACUGGCGAUUCUCUACAUGCUGCUGGGACGCGCUCUUUCCUGGGUAACCUUUGGGAGGCUGACUCCGUCUAUUUGGAGGUGAGGGAAAGGGUGGCACACCGUGCUGCUUCCUGGGAUCUGGAAGGAGAGGGGCGGUGGCACUGCUGCAAGCUCUCCUUCAGAGGUCUGAUUCGGAAUAUCAAUCUGGAAGAAAACAGAAUUAAAGAGUCUGCUUCUUAGGAGGGUUGCUGUGGGCCUGCUCCCCUAUAGGACAGGCUGUUAAUGAAGUAUGAAGGUUUCCACUUACCCCCUCUGGGUAUGUUAAUCCUAACAAGAUAGGGGGCGCUCUGUCCUUCUUGGGUAUUUAUGGAAGGUAUAACCUAGAUUUCUCCUUUGAGAACCAAUGGACAUUCUGUUUCUAUUUGGUUCUUCUAUCCCAGUUUAUUUGCUUGAUUACUGUGACUGCAGACAAGGGGACCUGGCUUACAACCAUUGGUUAGACCGUAUUCUAUACAUUAGGUUUCCAGAUCCUGUAUUGCACUGGGGAUCUUCUGUUGCAGGGCUGGUACUGUGGAAAUGGGAUUAAAGCUAAUGCAGCUGACUGUUUAAUUAUGCGACUAAACGAGUCCCUAAAUAAUAAUCAUAAAAAAGCUGAUGCGUUUAUUUUAUUUCCUAAUCACACCAAAAAGUAAAUAGUUACAAUAAUACAUAAUGCCUUCUCAGUAAAAAAAUAAUAUAAAUAAUAUAAUUUUAUUAUGAGAUCUAUAAAUGAAAACCAAAGCAUUUAGAAAGACCUCAUCCUUGCGUUGUAAAGCACAGACGUAGCUUCACUUUUUAUUUAUAAUAAAUGAGUUCAAUAUCUUUAUUGUUUUUUUAGUGAGUAUCUAGUGUUUUAAUCAUGUUUUAAAUGUAUUGAUUGACAUCAUAUUCAUGACCUCAACAGCCCUUGCUAAAAUAUACUGCAGUAAGCCCACAAUAUACUGCAGUAAAGUGAAGUAUCUUGGACACCAGUAACUUUCUGAAAACAGUACAAUGAAGUAAAACUGCAAACGUGUUUCUGCCUUUUUGUAAUAGAAAUAAAAACAGAACUAAAUUACAACCUUCUGUAAACCCUACUGCCCCCAAAUAGUGUAAAGAAUUUUUUUAAAAUUACAAUUAAUAUUCCUUUUCGGCAUGGAGGUACAACCGCAACGAGCCCCCCGCAUUGGUAAUUCACAGAACUCCGCACCAAAACGCUGUGUAAUCUCCGGUCAUUCAUUCACGUGGUGGGUAGUACUGCUCUUCCACUGCUGCCUUUUCCCAGACGGGCUGAGACUGCCUGGGACCCUGUGC